GACUACAUUUCCAUUAGAAGAUUGAUUCCAUUACCAGUGUUAUUUUAACAACCAUGGAAUAACGAGCAGCAGUGUUUGAUUAUCAUCUGGAAAUUUAUUUUCAAUUACCGAAUGGCAUCAGCUAGCGUCCCAUUUUUUGUAACCUUAGAAUCUACGUGGGUGUGUGUGGGGGUGUUGUGUUCUGUACUGAUACUGCUGAUUGUGUAUGGGGCAGUUGUGGUGUGCAGAGCUGUGGGCUCAGAGGUACAUGCAGACACAGUGAGGUUGAUGGAACAGAUGAUUGCACUGGACCAACUGGCCAACCAGUACAAUAACAACCAGCAGACCUCCGACUUACAAACAGGCGAUGGUAAAGACAACUCAGGAGGAGAUUUGGAUGAAGAUAGUGGGAAGUCAUUCCGCAAGCAGCGCAAGUUUAUCCUCGAGGGAGACGACGACUCGGUGCUCAGUGGAGCGGAGUCGUCGGAGGACUACUCGGACGAAGAAUCCCCCAGUCGCCGAGGAACUCCCAGCAGUCGGGAGUCCAGUGCGAGAAUCAGGAAAGUAGGAGAGGGGGGAAGGACUGCUUCGGCUAUUGCCAAGGCUUACGUUCGACCUCCAUCUGCGGGCUCAAUACUGAAAGACCGCCGAAGACAGACUCGCAACAUAUCAAAGAAAAACAUGAUGGAUCUAACUAGACAAUCCAAAGUACAUCCAAGUAACUUCGAACUGGAAGACUACAACGAGCCAACGAACGUUCCGAACGACAUUCCCUUGCCAGCUUAUGCGUCGGUUGCUCCGAAGGCAUGGUCAGGCGGAGGCGAUCUUCAAGUGACCUCUGAAGUUGACACAGACACUCGAGAUUUGACCUCAGAAGAUAUUCCAGUCGAGAACCCAAAAGAUGUUGCAAAUGACACCAUCUCGGGCGAUGAGUCCGAAAACAGUCAAGGGAAUCUCGAGGAAUCUCGAGUUGCCUUUGACAACUUGGUGGCUAUGCGUUCCGGAGUAGACUCCGAGAUGGCAAGUCGUAUGUCCGAGAGCACACAGCACGAGUACGAGUCCUCGUCUACCUUCGCGACCGGGACUGCCAAAAAGUACAAAAGAAAGAUUUCCAGACCAGAUUCCGGGUAUCACAAAUAAACCAAAUUUGCUCACAGCUAUUUUACCUGAAGUUAAGGAAAUUGAGACAAUCGCAAUUAGUGGAACGUAAAAUUUUUAAGUCUAUGAUUCUUCUUGCUUUAACCAUUAAACAUUGAAAAAU